ACAGUCGUGAUGUGAAAUCUAACGAGGUCUGGCGGCGCAGUGCUGUAAAAACACUUACUUAAACUCAAAUUAGGGGUUGUAUCCAGAUUUUCUCGCACAUGCAUUUUGUGCACGAGGAAAGAAAUACGUAGAAUCUCUGCGGUCCCAACAUAUUUUUUUCUUUUGGUAAAAUAUGUGACGUUGUCAUUUUAGGAUUACGCCAGUCAAAGGGAUAUGAGCAGGCAGGUUGUGAACAGUCCUGAAACCGUUGCUCCUGGACCCAGUGAAGGUGCGGGAGUUGUAAGAAUCAGCCCCGAAAAUGAGCCGCAGAAUGCCCCAUCGCAAGCCCCUGCCACGAUGGUGAAGCUUCCCCGAUCGCUCUCUAACGACAACAAAACACUUCCCUCCGAAGAACCUAAACCAAAUGGUUUUGAGAGGACCAAAGUCGGGAUCUGCAAGCUCAGCAGCACCCCAGUGCAAGCCAACUCCACCCUCCGGAGGGAAUCUGUGGAAACCUUUCCGUGCAAACACACCCCUGGGGCAGGGGCCGCCGGGCAAGGUGCCAUCCCUCCCUGCAAAAUUCCCGCUUUGCAAAGCACAGACGGGGACGCUAACCUAACCCUUGGUAAGAGCACACUGGAGCAAAACAACGCCAAAGGCGCCUGGGUGACCUUGAGCCAGAGCACCGUAGUACUGGGCACAGAUGGCAACACUUCUGUUCUUCCUGGCAGAGUGGAGGGGGAAGACGAUGUAGGGGAUGAAAAUAAAGCCCGAGGGAACUGGUCUAGCAAGCUGGAUUUCAUCCUCUCCAUGGUGGGUUAUGCAGUGGGGCUGGGCAAUGUCUGGAGGUUCCCGUACCUGGCCUUUAAGAAUGGGGGAGGUGCGUUUCUCAUCCCCUAUUUGAUGAUGUUGGCUCUAGCUGGGAUCCCCAUUUUCUUCCUGGAAGUCUCCCUGGGGCAGUUUGCUAGUCAGGGGCCCGUGUCGGUCUGGAAAGCCAUCCCCGCCCUGCAAGGCUGCGGCAUUGCGAUGCUGAUCAUCUCGGUUCUAAUAGCCAUAUAUUAUAAUAUUAUUCUGUGCUACACACUUUUCUACCUUUUUGCGUCCUUUGUACCUGUGCUACCUUGGGCGUCCUGUAACAACCCGUGGAACACGCCGGACUGUAAAGAUAAAAACAAACUUUUGUUAGAUUCCUGCAUUGUUGGUGACCACCCAAAAAUCCAAAUCAAGAACUCUACUUUCUGUAUGAGUGCCUAUCCAAACUUGACUAUGGUUAACUUCACCAGUGAAGGGAACAAAACGUUUGUCAGUGGAAGUGAAGAAUACUUCAAGUACUUUGUAUUGAAGAUUUCAGCAGGGAUUGAAUAUCCUGGUGAGAUCAGAUGGCCCUUGGCACUGUCUCUUUUCCUAGCCUGGGUGAUUGUAUAUGCCUCCCUUGCUAAAGGAAUCAAGUCAUCGGGAAAAGUGGUGUACUUCACAGCUACAUUCCCAUAUGUAGUUCUCAUCAUCCUCCUUAUAAGAGGAGUAACUCUGCCCGGAGCUGGAGCUGGGAUCUGGUACUUCAUCACGCCCAAGUGGGAGAAGCUAAUUGAUGCUAUGGUUUGGAAGGAUGCUGCCACUCAGAUAUUCUUCUCCUUAUCUGCAGCAUGGGGAGGUCUAAUUACUCUUUCUUCUUACAACAAAUUCCAUAAUAAUUGCUACAGGGACACGUUGAUAGUCACAUGUACCAACAGUGCCACGAGUAUAUUUGCAGGCUUUGUCAUCUUCUCAGUUAUUGGCUUCAUGGCGAAUGAGCUCAAAGUGAAUAUUGAAGCUGUGGCAGACCAAGGUCCUGGAAUUGCUUUUGUGGUUUACCCAGAAGCCUUAACCAGGCUUCCCCUCUCUCCCUUCUGGGCUAUAAUAUUCUUUUUGAUGCUUCUGACACUUGGAUUGGACACUAUGUUUGCCACUAUCGAGACCAUAGUGACCUCUGUUUCGGAUGAGUUCCCCAAAUACUUACGGACACACAAGGCACUGUUCACUCUUGGGUGCUGCAUCUCCUUUUUCAUCAUGGGAUUUCCUAUGAUCACUCAGGGUGGAAUGUAUAUGUUACAGCUUGUGGACACUUAUGCAGCUUCUUACUCUCUUGUAAUCAUUGCCAUUUUUGAGCUUGUUGGAGUUUCCUAUAUAUAUGGAUUGCAAAGAUUUUGUGAAGAUAUCGAAAUGAUGAUUGGAUUCCAGCCGAGUAAAUUCUGGAGAGUCUGUUGGGCAUUUGUGACCCCAACUAUUUUAACAUUUAUUCUUUGCUUCAGUUUUUACCAAUGGGAACCGAUGACUUAUGGAGCUUACCACUAUCCUGGUUGGUCCAUGGUGCUCGGGUGGCUGAUGCUGGCCUGCUCUGUUAUCUGGAUCCCAGUUAUGUUUGUGAUAAAAAUGCAUCUGGCUCCGGGCAAAUUUAUUGAGCGACUCAAGUUGGUGUGCUCUCCGCAGCCAGACUGGGGUCCGUUUUUGGCCAAGCACCGCGGUGAACGUUACAUGAACAUGAUUGACCCACUGGGAACCUCUUCCCUGGGACUUAAACUGCCAGUGAAGGAUAUAGAACUGGGGACACAAUGCUAAUAAUUAUCACAUGCGUGGCGAUAACAUUGUCAGACUUUUCUGCUUUAUUCAUUUAUUUUUUUUCAUUUUGUUUUGCCACUGUUUCUUUUCUUUUUCGCAGUGCCUGGAAGUGGUUGCUCAGGACAGUAGGAUCUCCUGUUGCAUGCCAUAAGGAAGACCUAUCGAGACCACUUCCAGGUGCAGGGGAUGCCCAUGACGUGUUCUGUACCCGGUGAAAUAGCAGAAGCGUAUUGUGCGGUGGGUGACAUUGCAGAUUUUUUCAGGCCGUGUAGGAAUAAACAAAACACAAGGGAAAAAUCUUAUAAGGAACUGAAGUGUGCAAUCUGACCUGUUCCACACAAGCAGCCUUGUAACAGGUAGCUGUGAUGGGACAGGGGUUUUGUUACCAGUGUAAUCAAAGGGAAGUUCAGCCCUUGGAAGGGAUGGAAGUGAGCAAAGAAGGGGAUCUCCUGCAGUCCUGGUAGAAAUCCAGAAUAAGGCUCUCGUAGCAAGCGGGGUCGCUUUGUCUACACUGACAGCAGACCCUGACUCGUGUCUGUGCAAUUCUUCUAUGAUUUACACUAACUUUGAGGACUUGUUAUCUAAAUGAGCAGAGACCCUUUAAACAGCACACCAGGAAGCAAUAUGUGGGAUCAGAACAGAAACACCAUGAUCCAUUUGAUCUUUUCAAGUAGAAAAAUAAAAAUGUAAAGAACU